AUGUAUCGAGGAUCAUCUCCUGCAUCUGAUGAGCCAGAAUUUCAGCCGUUGAGGAGGCUUAAACCGUUACCCAAACAUAGACAUACCUCAGACGCGCCCAUUCCAGCAGCAGACGUCACCCAUCCCAUGGCCGACAUUCUCGGCACAGAAUCUCUCGCAGAAAAACUCCUUGCUCAUGCUGACUCCUUCUUUCUGCAGUCUUACUACGCCUCUGUGUUCGGUGAUACCCGUAAUGGAGACACCCUUGAUCUGAGCGUGGCGUAUCAACUCGAGAAAAUGGGAAGGUCGGAGGAGGACCAGAGUGAGGGUGACUAUACAGAUCAUCUGCAGCAGCCUGGGAAUAUGAAGAAGAGGAAGGUGCCAGCUAACAUGUCAGGCGUGGCACAAGUGCGGGAGGCAGAGCCACAGUUGGGUGCAGAGGAUGAGAUUUUGGACAACUUGGCUCUAUUGAAUGGUCGGGCUAAUAACGGCCUUGACCUUUCUGCCCUGCCACCAUCGGUGACCCCCACCCCCAGGAAGGGUAAGAUCGCCCCAUCAAUGCUGGCAGGUCUCCAGCACAAGGAGCUGCUCAAGCAUUGA